UGUCACUUGCGUAUACGCCCUUUUGAAAAAUCACUUGAGAAUUUGCAGAUUCAGGAAUAAGUUGUUUAGAAAAUUACAGAUAAACACAGACAAAAAAUACAAUUUAUAAUAGAAUCUACAUAUAAUGGAAGAGCAAGUGGAUCAAAUUUUGGAUAGAUUAAUGUCAACACCGAAAAACAUAGGAUGUCUACUGGCGAAUAAUCAAGGAUUGUGCAUUGGCGUACGUGGCAGUGCUUCAGAUAAAUCCGCCGGUAUAAUUGUGGCUAUUUCUGAGCAGGCGGCAAAAUUAGAUCCAAACUGUAAUGCUCCAGUUGUUUCGCUGGACGUAGGAGAUAAGCAAUGCAUAAUUCAUAAAAAUGGUAUCACAGGAGCAAUUUUCAAAGAAGUGUAGUUAUAUUAACGAUUUGUAUAGUUGAUAUAUAAGCAUGUUUCGUUCAUAUUCAUAAUAAAUAAACGUGACCAAGAUUCGUUUUCAACAAUCAAAA